AUGUCUAUGAUGCAUCCAAGAAAAUCUGCAGACUUUUGGAUGUCACUAUUGCCAGGCUCUGGCUGGGAGGUUGCAUCAGCACGACCAGCUGAUAGACUCACUAACUUUGGGUGGCCUUUUAUCUUCGCUCCAGCUAUCCUAGUCACGCCCCUCGGGGUGUUCUCCAUCGUAUGGACGGCGGCGCUUUCCCCCUACUUCCUGAAGGAGCGGCUGGGCAUGUUGGGAAAACUGGGCUGUAUUUUGGUACUAGUGGGCUGUAUUGUCGUCACUCUGUGUGGACCCAAAGAUAGAGAGAUAGCCAGCAUGGAGGAGUUGCAAUCCCAGCUGCUACAUCCAGGCUUCCUUGUUUAUGCUGGUCUGGUAGUAGUGGUGUCAUUGGUGUUCAUGGCACUGGUGCCUCGCUACGGCCACCGCUACGUCAUCCUCUACAUCACCAUCUGCUCUUGCUUCGGCUCACUCUCAGUCAUGUUCUGUAAAGGUGUGGGUUUAGCACUGAAACAGACGAUCGGUGGCAUCAACCAGUUCACUAACUGGGCUACCUGGGUGUGUCUAGUGGCACUAGUGGUGUGUCUACUCAUAGAGACGGUGUACAUGCAGCGAGCACUCGACCUCUUCAACAGCUCAGUAUUCAUGUCUAUCAACUAUGUUCUUUUCACUUCACUGGUCAUCGUCGCCUCAUCCAUUCUCUACACAGAACUGCAAGAGAUAGGCGUUAAGAACAUCAUCCUCACUCUUCUUGGCUUUAUUGUCAACAUCGUGGCACUCUUCCUCUUGCACUUGGACAAGGAAGACACAAGCCCUCAAACCUCAGACACAGAGAGGGAGGAGAGGCAGGCGUCGCCGCAGCUGGCAAAGACUGACCUGGCAGGUAUAGAACAGGGCACACCGUUGCUGGGACGUGCCCCUGCCUCUCCCUUGGCGGGCCUCAACCUGUCCCACACUAUGUUCCCAGCCAAGACCAACUCGUGCAUGUCACUAAUCAGCCAGAACAGCAUACAACAACAUUCUGGCACCCAUAUACAUCCCCACGGUGCUAACCCUGACAACAGCAGCCAACGUAGCAACACAAGUGAAGACAGCAGCAGCAACAGCAGCAGGGGCGGCGGCAGUAGUGCAGACGGUAGCAGAAGCAGCAGUAGGAGUGAUCAUAAUGAGACUCUGAGAAGGCGAGAGACACACAAUGUAAGUGAGUGCAACAGAGGACACUGUAGGUCCUCGUCCACUUGCAUGUGCGAAGUGCCACUUCUGACUAAACUUCACACAUCAAAUUGUAAGCUUGCCAACCAACCAUCUAGCCCAGAGAUGGGUGUCACUAACAACAGUAGAGGUAGCAAUUGCAGCAACAAGCCAGGCGAGGUCAGUGUCAGUGUAGAUGAUAAUAUUACAGUCUCUUUUCACGAGGAACACAAGCAUGCGCUCGUGUGAUCCCGGCUAACCCAGUAUUACCUCAGUGCAACAUGCAUUACGCACUGGUUCUCACUCAUGACUCGUACCACACUAAUAAACCUGAUUCUCGUAUUGCACCAAAAAUAAUUGUUACAUAAACUUCCCAGUAUGCUAUAUAAAUAAUGAAAAUAAGAGAUUAUUAAGUAAUUAAUGACAAUUACAUUUUGACUUGGCUACAACACCGUAAACGAUAAAAUGAGUAUGUAUUGAAUCAUUAUGUACACAACGUUCAGAAGUGACACCCAUCUCGUGAGCGACUCCCGUCUCGUGAGCGACUCCCGUAUCGUGAGUAGCCCCUUCUUUCCCCAAAACACACACACACACACACAUCAAAUACUGAAUUCCGUGUGUAUGAUGUGUAUAUUUUGUUUAUUACGUAUUGUGCUCCUUGUGUAUGAUGUAUUGCACCCUGUGUAUGAUGUUCGAUUCCCGGCGGGUGGAAACAUUUCGACACGUUUCCUUACACCUGUUGUCCUGUUCACCUAGCAGCAAAUAGGUACCUGGGUGUUAGUCGACUGGUGUGGGUCGCAUCCUGGGGGACAAGAUUAAGGACCCCAAUGGAAAUAAGUUAGACAGUCCUCGAUGACGCACUGACUUUCUUGGGUUAUCCUGGGUGGCUAACCCUCCGGGGUUAAAAAUCCGAACAAAAUCUUAUCUUAAGAAGCAAGAUCACCACCCAUCUAGAAACCCAUCAGUUACACAACCCAGGGCAACAUGGGUUUAGAACAGGUCGCUCCUGUCUGUCUCAACUAUUGGAUCACUACGACAAGAUCCUAGAUGCACUAGAAGACAAAAAGAAUGCAGAUGUAAUAUAUACAGACUUUGCAAAAGCCUUCGACAAGUGUGACCAUGGCGUAAUAGCGCACAAAAUGCGUGCUAAAGGAAUAACAGGAAAAGUCGGUCGAUGGGUCUAUAAUUUCCUCACUAACAGAACACAGAGAGUAGUCGUCAACAGAGUAAAGUCCGAGGCAGCUACGGUGAAAAGCUCUGUUCCACAAGGCACAGUACUCGCUCCCAUCUUGUUCCUCAUCCUCAUAUCUGACAUAGACAAGGAUGUCAGCCACAGCACCGUGUCUUCCUUUGCAGAUGACACCCGAAUCUGCAUGACAGUGUCUUCCAUUGCAGACACUGCAAGGUUCCAGGCGGACAUCAACCAAAUCUUUCAGUGGGCUGCAGAAAACAAUAUGAAGUUCAACGAUGAGAAAUUUCAAUUACUCAGAUAUGGUAAACACGAGGAAAUUAAAUCUUCAUCAGAGUACAAAACAAAUUCUGGCCACAAAAUAGGGCGAAACACCAACGUCAAAGACCUGGGAGUGAUCAUGUCGGAGGAUCUCACCUUGAAGGACCAUAACAUUGUAUCGAUCGCAUCUGCUAGAAAAAUGACAGGAUGGAUAAUGAGAACGUUCAAAACGAGGGAUGCCAAGCCCAUGAUGACACUCUUCAGGUCACUCGUUCUUCUAGGCUGGAAUAUUGCUGCACACUAAC